GGAGCCGGGCAGCGGUCGCAGGGCCGGCAGCGGCAGGGUCCUUCUGUAGAACUUUCUCUUGGAAUGAUAUUUUCAUAAUGAGUCAACAAGGUUACGUGGCGACACCCCCCUAUUCUCAGUCCCAGUCUGGCAUGGGCCUUUCUUCGCCGCAUUACGGCCACUACGGAGACCCCGCUCACACGGCUGCUCCACCAGGUAUGAUGAAGCCAGCAGGGCCUUUGGGGGCUGUGCCCGGGGGCAUGUUGCCUCAGGGCCCCCCACCUCCUGGGCCCCAUCAGUUUGGCCCGAAUGGAUCUCACGCGCAGGGCCAUCCUCCCCAGAGAUUUCCAGGUCCUCCACCUGCCAACAGUGCGGCGCCCUCCUAUGCUCCAUAUCCCCCUGCCACACAGUCGUCGUAUCCAAGUCCCAUGCCCACUGCAUCCAUCUCCCAGCUGGGCAGUCAGCUCGACGCCAUGCACGUCAACAGCUAUGGUUCGGGCGUGGCUCCCCCUGGCCAGGGGCCCCCGGGUUCCCUGUCGGCACCCUCGUGCCAAGGCCCCCCACGACCGCCACAGCCAUCCAUUUUGCAGCCUGGGUCUCAGGUCCUCCCGCCACCACCCACUGCACUGAAUGGCCCUGGUGCACCACCCUUGCCCCCAGCACACAGGCAGGAUGGGCUUCCCGGUCCGGCUCCUUUGAAUGCCCAGCUGCAGCCCCCGCCUCUUCCGGGACAGACCCUGGGCACCGGAUACCCCCUGCAGCAGGGCAGCUAUGGGCCGCAGAUGCCAGGAGGGCAGCUCGCAUACCCAGGAGGCUUCCCUGGAGGGCCUGCGCAGAUGGCAGGGCCCGCGCAGCCCCCGCGGAGGCUGGAUCCGGACUCUGUGCCCAGCCCAAUCCAGGUGAUUGAGAGUGACCGGGCCGCCAGAGGGGGCCAGCUGUACUCCACCAGCGCCAGAGGCCAGGUCCCUCCCCUGGUCACCACAGACUGCGUGAUACAUGAUCAAGGCAACGCCAGUCCUCGCUACAUCCGCUGCACCACCUACUGCUUCCCGUGCACGGCAGACAUGGCCAAGCAGGCCCAGGUCCCCUUAGCUGCUGUCAUCAUGCCCUUCGCCACGGUCCCUUCGAGCGAGACGCCCCUGUACCUGGUGAACCACGGAGAGACGGGGCCGGUCCGGUGCAACCGCUGCAAAGCCUACAUGUGCCCGUUCAUGCAGUUCAUCGAGGGCGGGCGGCGCUUCCAGUGCGGGUUCUGCAGCUGCGUGAACGAGGUCCCACCGUUCUAUUUCCAACACCUGGACCAUGUGGGCAGAAGGCUGGACCACAGCGAGAAGCCGGAGCUGUCUCUGGGGUCUUACGAGUACGUUGCCACUUUGGAUUACUGCAGGAAGAACACGCCGCCCAACCCUCCGGCCUUCAUCUUCAUGAUCGACGUCUCCUACAGUAACAUCAAGAGCGGGCUCGUGCGGCUCAUCUGCGAGGAGCUGAAGACCGUGUUGGAGCGGCUGCCCAGGGAAGAGCAAGAAGAGACUUCCGCGGUCCGAGUCGGCUUCAUCACCUAUAACAAAGUUCUCCAUUUCUUUAAUGUCAAGAGCAACCUGGCGCAGCCGCAGAUGAUGGUGGUGACCGACGUCAGCGAGGUCUUCGUGCCUUUGUUGGACGGUUUUCUGGUCAACUAUCAAGAGUCCCAAGCUGUGAUUCACAAUUUGCUGGACCAGAUUCCGGAGAUGUUCGCCGACUCCAGCGAGAACGAGACCGUCUUUGCUCCUGUCGUCCAGGCCGGCAUGGAGGCCCUGAAGGCCGCAGACUGUCCCGGGAAGCUGUUCAUCUUCCACUCCUCCUUGCCCACGGCGGAAGCCCCCGGGAAGCUCCGAAACAGGGAGGACAAGAAGCUGAUCAACACGGACAAAGAGAAGACCCUCUUCCAGCCCCAGACCAGUGUCUACGACUCUCUGGCCAGGGACUGUGUGGCCCACGGCUGCUGUGUGACGCUCUUCCUCUUUCCCAGCCAGUACGUGGACGUGGCCUCCUUGGGCCUGGUGCCUCAGCUCACGGGAGGCACCCUUUACAAGUACAACAAUUUCCAGGUGCACUUGGACAGCCAGCAGUUUCUGAAUGACCUCAGAAAUGAUAUUGAAAAGAAAAUAGGAUUUGAUGCUAUCAUGAGGGUCCGUACCAGCACAGGUUUCAGAGCGACGGACUUCUUCGGCGGGAUUGUCAUGAACAACACCACCGACGUGGAGAUGGCGGCCAUCGACUGCGACAAGGCGGUGACGGUGGAGUUCAAGCACGAUGACAAGCUCGGGGAAGACAGCGGGGCCUUGAUCCAGUGCGCCGUGCUCUACACCACUGUCGGGGGGCAGCGGAGACUCCGCAUUCACAACCUGGCCCUGAGCUGCAGCUCCCAGCUCGCCGACCUCUACAAGAGCUGCGAGACAGAUGCCCUCGUCAACUUCUUCGCCAAGUCAGCUUUUAAGGCUGUUCUGCACCAGCCCUUGAAGCUCAUCCGGGAGAUUCUGGUGAACCAGACGUCCCACAUGCUGGCCUGCUACCGGAAGAACUGCGCGAGCCCGUCCGCCGCCAGCCAGCUCAUUUUGCCGGACUCCAUGAAGGUGCUGCCCGUGUACAUGAACUCUUUGCUGAAGAACAGCGUCCUGCUCAGCCGGCCCGAGAUCCCGAUGGACGAGCGGGCGUACCAGAGGCAGCUGGUCAUGACCAUGGGCGUGGCCGACUCGCAGCUCUUCUUCUACCCACAGCUCCUGCCCAUACACACAGUAGAUGUCAAGAGCACAGCAAUACCUGCCGCCGUCCGCUGCUCCGAGUCCCGUCUCUCGGAAGAAGGCAUCUUCCUCCUCGCUAACGGUCUGAACAUGUUCCUGUGGCUGGGAGUCAGCAGCCCGCCAGAACUCAUCCAGGGCAUAUUCAAUGUGCCGUCUUUGGCACAUGUCAGCGCGGACAUGACGGUGCUGCCUGAGUUGGGGAGCCCGUACUCUCAGACCCUCAGGAUGAUCAUGGGGAUUGUCCAGCACAAGAGGCCAUACUCGAUGAAGCUCGUGAUUGUGAAGCAGCGAGAACAGCCAGAGAUGGUCUUCCGGCAGCUGCUGGUGGAGGACAAGGGGCUGGACGGGGGGCCGUCCUACGUGGACUUCCUGUGCUGCGUGCACAAGGCAGUCUGCCAGCUGCUGAACUGA